AUGGGCACCGCCCAGAGCGCACCCGUGGCUGGCGCGGUUCGCCCGCCCAGCGUGCGUCUCGAUGCCAACGAUGACGCGCCAUACGAACGCGCCAUGCUCGCCGCCCUCGACGCAAAGAAGCCGCUCCCAGUCCGCGCUGUCGGCGGGAAGAAGUGGACUGCCGCUGUGACGGCGUCGAGGGAGUGGGCCGCCGCCGAGCCAAAGCUCGGGACGCCAGAGGGGCCACGGCUGUGCGUGGGCCUCAAGAGGCUGGCGCAGCGGCUGCCGCUGAGUGCCGCCCAGACCGCGUGCCUCGACACCGUCCGGCGAGCAAUGGAGGCGUGGCCCGGCCGGCUGGCGGCGGUCCGCUCCUCGGCGCCAGAGGAGGACGGCACGGGCGCCUCGUUCGCCGGCGUCUUCGAGACAAAGCUCGGCGUCUCUCCCGAAGGCCUGGAGGCGGCGGUCCGGGCCUGCUUCGCGUCCGUCUUCGACCACCGCGUGUUCAGCUACGCCGGCGCGCACAAGCCCGCCUUCGCCGCCACCGUGAUGGAGAUGGUGGACGCAGCCACCGCCGGCGUCGCCUUCAGUGCCAACCCGCUCAACUCGGACCUCGACGAGAUGCUCGUCGACGCGGGCUACGGCCUCGGAGAAAGCGUCGUCGACGGCAGCAUCGUCGCCGACCGCUUUGUGUGGGACAAGGUGGGCGGCCGGCUGCUCGAGAGCAAGGUGGGCAGCAAGGCGCAAGAGGUGCGGCUGGCGGCCGACGGCGG